AUGAAGCAAACUCGAAUAACAUUUGCUAAGUUGCAUCCCUUAUGGCGUCAAAAAGGUAUCUCACCAGAUCUUGAGGGUCGUGUGUACCAGGCUGCAGUCUGGGCUGUGUUGCAUGACUGCUUGACGUGGCCUCUGCGGACAGAUGAGUUGUCCUCAGGCUUUGGACCACUGAUGUCUCAGAAGCGUUACUGGUGUUGGAUGGCGUCGCGGCUGAAACAUGAGGUGGCUUGGUGCAGCAUUUUCAAUUGCCUGAGAACAUCACAAACGAGGGAUUCAGCUGGGUCCCAUGCAACCAAAUGUGCUGCACCAGCUCGCCCCAUGUUUCAGUCGCUACGAUAUUCGAGAUAUCACGAUACAUGUAUAUAUUUGUUGCCCGGACAUAUCACGUACGAGAGAUUCAGCUGGGUUCCAAGUAGGAAAAUAGAGUUGAAUGAUGGUUCGCGUGAAAAAAUUCGCAAUAGUGGCACGGUUUUCCGGAUCAGCGUCGCGAUUAUCGUGGAUGAUCUUUGUCGGGAGCAAACUAACUCAAGUUGCAGAGGUAGAUGCAGAUUUGACACUGCAACCAAAAAGCUGUCCAGUGGGUUUCAAGCGUGUGCCACGCUACCUGACUGGCGGGUCAAUCGAUCGUCACAACCAGGGCAGUUACUGGGUCGUCCUUCGAUCAGUCGGGCGCACCAAUCACAUCGCUCAAGUGUGAACACGUUCGCCUGUCUAGACGCGCUAAUUUAG